AGAAUCACAACACUUGACUCAUCUGCGUGUGUCAACGCUCCUCUCUGCCAGACUGAUAGAAUCACUCACGCAGAGGGAAGCACGUCCGAACGGCGAGGAGUUUAAAUCAGAGGAGCCUAUUCCGACUGACUGGGAGUGGAGACAUGACCAAAGAGACUGAGACUCUGGGAUUGGUCUUUCAGAACGAAAACUUCAACCACAGCCGUUACUCCAACUACGUGAUGGAUCCCUGGUCCUACCUGGAGAACCCUGAGCAGAACCACUCCAGACCUCGACUCCCCCCAGGAGACGACCUGGCAGCCCUCACCAUGCUUUACGAGCAGUGCAAGAAAGAGAAGAUUUCCUCCUGCAACCGCGGCACCAACGUCUGCAAAGCAGAGAGGCCGCUGAGUGACCAUAUUGCGCUGGAAACUUCCUCCAACGUCAUGAAGGUCCUCUCCGACAACAUUCCCAGCAACCACCACCAGGACGUUCUGGGCGCCAAGCAGCAGAUGCCUGUUCCCAUCACCCCGGACACCUACGCCACGCUGACCAGCGUCAUGACCGACCCCUACGAGAAGCAGGAGCUCAACAGCCUCUUUGACACUCUGAUGAAGUGGCCGGAGACCGGGGUUUUCCCAGACCCCAGCGCUGAGGCUCUUCCCUACAGCAACCCUUUCCCCGAGGACCAGCCCAGCCCCGUCUACUCGGCCUCCUACACGGAUUCCCCGCCGCAGAGGGUGAGGGGCGACUUCCAGUUCUCGCUGGGCGCCCCCCCGGCCACGCCCUUCAAGCCCAACGAGCUGCCCAUGGUGUACCUGAACAAGGGCCAGUUCUACCCCAUCACCCUCCAGGGAGUGGACGGCAACCUCCCCACCACCAAAGUCAAGACGGUGGUGAUGGCCGUGUUCGAGAACGACAAGGCCCCAGAAAUGCAGCUGCGCUUCUGGAACCACUGGCACGCCCGCCAGCCCACAGUGAAGCAGAGGGUCAUCGACAUCGCCGACUACAAAGAAGUGUUCAGCGGCAUCAGCAACAUCGAAGAGGUGGCCUUCAACGCCCUCUCCUUUGUGUGGAACCCCAGCGAAGAAGCCAAGGUUUACAUCGGCAUCAACUCCCUGAGCACUGACUUCUCCUCCCAGAAGGGGGUGAAGGGCCUCCCCCUCAACCUGCAGAUCGACACCUACGACUUCAGCUCCGGCGCCAACCGGCUCAUACACCGCGCCGCCUGCCAGGUCAAGAUCUUCUGCGACAAGGGCGCCGAGAGGAAGAUGCGCGAUGAGGAGAGGAAGAGGAGCAAGAGGAGGGGAAAGAGCAUGGAUGCCAACAUCAACAAGUCUCUGGUGUCCAGCUCCAUGGCCUCUGAAUGCACCUUCUUCCAGAUCCUGGACGACCACAGCACCCAGCCCGUCCUCUUCAUCCCAGACACCCACCUCUCCAGCUUACAGCGCAUAGCCACGCCCAUGGAUGAGGCCGACAGGAGCUCCCUGAAGAGGUUGUACCCGGACAGAGAUCAGAGCAGCUCUCCGCCCAGCAAGCAAGGCCGCCGAGAGGAUCCGCAGAGAGUCCUGCUGUACGUGAGGACGAACACAGAGGAGGUGUUUGACGCCCUCAUGCUCAGCUCGCCGACGCUGUCCGGCCUCAGAGAAGCUAUUUCAAACAAGUACGGCGUGCAAAAGGACACCAUUGGGAAAAUCUACAAAAAGUGCAAGAGGGGGAUUUUCGUCAACAUGGACAACAACAUCAUCGAGCACUACACCAACCAGUCGGCCUUCCUCAUCGAGAUGUCGGAGGUCUCCGCGGGUCAGUUCCACGUCACGCUCGUUGAAGUAUGAGGGCGCGCGAGGGCCCUCGGCACGAUUGAAGAAUUGAAGGAAAACCCAAACUAGCUGCGCGUUAACACCACCUCCAAAAGCACUGCCCAGCGUUGUCGCUGUAAAUACCUCCAGUCCCUGUAAUCUAUUUUAUUUGAGUUUAAUAAUGUAACGUAAAAGCAAUUAAACGGCUGGGAUGUACAUAUAAUGUAAAUAGAGUUUAAUACGACAGUGUUGUACCACAUUUUACAAGACAAUUCUAUGUAUUUCAAUUUUUUUAUUAGCAAUUUUUUACUCGUGCAGCAAAUUUCCAGAGGUUGCUAUUCUUGCUGCUUGUACCGCGCGCGCUCGUCAUUUCCCGCAGCCUUGUAGGUGGACCCUGUUUCAUCUUCCCGUCGGCUCCUCGUACCGGACUAACGUACCGGGGGCUCCAUUCAUCGCUGAAAGUCACACAUUUCCACGAAGCGACACACUUAGAGUUAGUAUUCAUCGCCAUUCAUCAUCGCCCCCAAACGGUGGACAUUUCUGCUGCCAGAUGAUUUUCAUAGUGUGUGUAAAAAAUGUUUUCCUAUACGUUAUGCAUCAUUUCAAAUGAAGCCUGUAUCCGUGAGAUAUUUCACUAUUGUACCAUCGCAGUUCUGACUGUGUUAGUCAUAUCUUGCCCCCUUUUGUACCAAAAAUAAAGAGCAUUUGAGCAUUUGAA